AUGGGAGGCGAACCCCCAAAGGAAGCGAAGACAGGUAUGACAGUCUCCAUUCCAGUCAAUGAAAUUGUCACCGUGCGUCUGGGCGACAACAAACAGCAGACGAAGAUGAGCGCUCCUAGCAACCAGUUCACAGUGUAUCACGUGUCUCGUAAGUCUUCUCAACGCUGGUUUCUUCAAAUGGUGACCUUUACAGCUUCAGAUGCCCAGGUGGCUCAUAGCUGGGUGCAGGCCAUCCAGAAGAAGAUGUAUGAGAUCGGACACACAAGACCAAGGAAACUUCUCGUCUUCAUUAACCCGUUUGGGGGUCGCGGUAAAGCUUCAAGAAUUUACUAUGGUAACACAAGCCACCUCUUCCAGCUGGCAGGAAUUGAAACUGAUGUGAUAGAAACAACUCGAGCGAACCAUGCAAGAGACUAUAUAAUGGAAGCAGAUCUACAGACAUACGAUGGGGUGGUGGGUGUUGGAGGGGAUGGCAUGUUCAACGAGUUGCUCCACGGGCUGGUGAGUCGUACACAGUGUGACAGCAGAGUUUGUGAAGACAAAGAGGAUGCGCAACUAACACCUUGCAACCUGCGGAUCGGAAUUAUACCGGCCGGCUCGACUGACUGUGUAUGUUUCGCAACAAUGGGAAUCAAUGACCCAGUGACGUCAGCCCUGCACAUCAUUAUCGGUGACACACAACCAAUGGACGUUUGCGCGUCAUAUCACAAUGGACAACUGAUGAAAUAUUCUGUGUCGCUGAUUGGCUAUGGCUUCUUUGGUGAUGUCCUGAGGGAGAGCGAGAACAUGCGUUGGUUGGGACCUAUACGAUAUGAUCUAGCAGGCAUGAAGAUGGCACUCUCUAACCGGUCAUACCGAGGAACCAUAGAAUUCCAGGAGGCCGGUGACAGCAACUCCAGCCCAAGAGACAACACUCGCUGCAGGACAGGGUGUCUUGUCUGUUCUGAGUCAUCAGAUAGAUUACGAGAGGCGGCAAAGAAAUAUCCAAAUGGUUGCUCGGACACUUGGAGGAAGGUGACCGGUUCUUUCUUGGCAGUCAACAUUACUGGAAUGUCCAGUGCUUGUCCCAAGAGUCAAGAUGGCCUCUCCCCAACUGCACAUUUAGCGGACGGGACUGCCGAUCUUAUUCUAGUGAAAGAAAGCAGCACAGUACAGUUCCUGAGACACCUCAGCCGACACACCAACUGCAAAGACCAGUUUGACUUGCCCAAUGUGGAAGUGCACCGGAUCCGUGCCAUGCGCUUCACCCCUGAAGAACUGGAUAAGAAAGAGGAAGUCUGUCGUCAAAACAGAUUUUUCGGGUGUCCGUGUGGAAACACAUCACCCACCAGCACGUGGAACUGUGAUGGGGAGAUCUUGAACUGCGCACAGCUCAGUGUGAGGGUCCAUCACCAGCUCAUCCAGUUGUUUGCCCGGGGGAUUGAAGGCACCUCGUGCAGCUAA